CAAGAUGUAGCCAACCAGUUUCUCCGCUUCGCCGCGAAUAGACGGUGUUUUCUAUCGCAAAAAAAGCGGCUACUGUAAUCAUGUCACCUCAAGGUAUGGUCAGCGGAUGCAAACUGGUCGCAGUGCUCAUGCUUUGGCUCGGUCCUGGUGCUACAGUCAAACACACAGGUGGCGCUCAUGCAGCAGAGCGCCAAGAGGACAACACACACCGCUCUGUUGAUUUGGAGGAGGUGGUGUUCGUGAUCCAGAGUCAGAGGAACUCCUACCAUGCCCACCGAGCUGGUCAGAGGAAGGUGGAGAUUCUGCAGCAGGCAGCUGAACUGGGGAAGCAUAACCAAAACCCCCUUUCCCAGCUGAACAAGAACAGCCCCAAAGCAUGGCUUUACCCCCCACCAUCCUUCCUCAAGGUAUACAGGGAUCUCCAGUUGUUCUUCUUCUCCAUGAGCUGUCGGAGUACGACGGGGACUGGAGCAUACUCCCUGCACUUCCUCACGUCGUGGUUUUUCUUCAUCGAGGAGGAGACCAGAGUCAGGCUGUCUGCUCUGCUGCACGCCAUCAACAGAUAUUCACUACAAAAGGAGUGGUUUUUGGGGAAGCGUCUUCAUGACAAAGAGGCCUCCAUCAUUCACCACUAUGCCUUCUCUGAAGACCCCAGCUCCUUCGGUUACCCUGACCCUGCAGCAGGCUGGGCUCUCAGCACACCGCUGCUCCACAGACUUGCUGCGAGGGUCCAACAUGAACAUUUGAAGUCAGAUUUCACCAUAGAUUUAAAACAUGAGAUUGCCUUGUUUAUUUGGGAGGAAGGGUGUGGUCCAAAGCUAACGGCAGUUCCAGAGUUUUGCACAGAAGCAAGAGACGACUGUAUCACGACAUUUACAACCUACCUGCCCUACUGUGGAGAUCCAGUUGCAAAAAAAGAUGUUUUUGUUGCUGUGAAAACUUGCCAAAAGUUCCACUCAGAGAGAGUCCCGGUGGUGAAAGCAACCUGGGAGAAAGAUGCUUCACUGUUAGAGUAUUACAGUGAUGCCGCUGAUGCAUCCAUACCCACAAUCAACCUCGGAGUCCCUAAUACUGAGAGAGGGCAUUGUGGGAAGACAUUUGCAAUCUUAAGGCGGUUCCUGAGCAAAGCUGUGGCAAAAGCUGAUUGGCUCCUUAUUGCUGAUGAUGAUACACUUGUCAGUUUACCCAGGUUGAGACGACUGCUGCGUUGUUACAACCCAAAAGAAGCCGUGAUUCUGGGGGAGAGAUACGGCUACAGCUUGGUUCAGAAUGGAUACAGCUACACCACAGGAGGAGGAGGGAUGGUGCUCAGCAGGGUGGCGGUGUCUCUGUUACUCUCCAGCGGUUGUGGCUGUUUCAGUGAUGAUGCUCCUGAUGACAUGGUGCUGGGCAGGUGUUUCACUGCACUGCGUGUUCCCAUCACACACAGCCCGCUGUUCCACCAGGCUCGACCAGAAGACUAUCCUGAGACACUGAUCUCCUCGCAGCAGGCCAUCUCGUUCCACAAACACUGGAACAUCGACCCUGUGGCCGUCUACAAACACUGGCUGCAGGACACACAACCACGAAAUGAGCUGUAGAAACACUACGUGUACAACCCAGGAGACAUUCGGGCAGGAUUUCUUUGGGUUCACACAAGAUUUGAGUCAAUCUCACAGUUUAUCCCACAGUAUGCAAAUGACAGAAAAAAGUCAGCGUAAUAGAGCAGCCCAGAAUAAUAAUUCAGCAACAUGUUUUUAUUUAAAGUUUUAAACUCUCUAGACAAGCUGGUCAUGUAAUGCUAUUCUUAAAAUUGAUUUAUUUAAUCUAACCUGAUGGCUGGCUGCUGGUUGGUUGCAGCCUGACCGGUGCAAAAAGUGCUCAGACUGCUGAAAGAGUCUGUUGGGUUUAUUACAGACAGGUACGGCUUUUAUUUAAGAAAGAACAUGUUUGUGUUGAUGGUCAUGUAUUCCUCAUUUGAAAACCUAAGUGUUUUAACUAAGUGAGAAAGGUUAAAAAGAGAGUAAUCUGUGCUGUAUUGGUGAACAGAUUCCUCAGGUGUUUUAUUUUAUUUCCCCCCUGUGAGCCGACCUCUCAGAGACCGGAAAGUUUGGUGAUAAAGACAAGGCCAUGAAAGCAGCAUUUGCAUAUAAAGACAACGCAGUACAAAAUUACAUAACGGCCUUACUCAAAUAGAUUGCUUAAAACCUUUGUAUUGUCUGUGUUUGGAAUUUACAUGUUUUUAGUAGGACUGUAUUGCCUCAUCUGUAUGACAAUCACUGUACAUCACCCAGUGUAUUCCCACUGUAACUGAGCUCUGCCAUCAUUACGCCUUAAGACAUUCACAUUGAUUCUGUGACAGUGUAAUAUUUGGUGUCCCAGUCUGUUAAUUCACAUUGUAUUAUGGCAUGAGCCAUACACAGCAAGAGCUCCACAUUUACACACAGUGCGGCACUCCCCGCUGUAAGGCCUGUCUUGCUGCCUCUGAAGCUGCACAGAGGGGGAUCACUUUGCCACUUGUUACACUUUUUUGAUGCUCAUAGUGAAGGUGAAACAUCAUAGAGGCAUAAUUAUUAAGGCCUGAAACAACACCGUGAGUUAACCUAGAGUUUCUCGAACUAGGGAAGAACUUAUCCUAAAGUGAGAGCUAAAAAACCUUUUAAAGCUCCUGUGACGAAAUGUUGGUUUGUGUUGAUGCUGGCGCCCCCUGAGAGCUUAGCGGUCUUUUCCUGUUUUACACGUUUUCUUUGUUUUCUGAGGAAAAAAAAGGAUCCUGCUUUCGUUUAACAGUUGAACAUAUCACUCAUGAAUAGCAUAAAUCACUGCCAUGAAAUAUAUAUAAAAAAGAAGCAUUUUAAAGCAGUCUGAUCUACUACACAGAUGUACUCUUAGACAUUGAAAAUAGCUAUAUUGAACAACAACGGUCCACAUUUUAAACUGUAACUAAAAUAUGCCAAGAACAAAAAUAAAAAAACCUUCGAUAUAUGCAAUAUACCAUACAAUGCAGCACAUCCUAAAUUUAGUGUCUGAUUUUAUUUCCCUCCCAGUCAACAAUCUUAAGAAAUGGAUGAAACAUCAGAAGCAGAAUUUAACAUUUUUCAAACUUACAGAACAGUUGGGACUUUUUGAUACAUGCUUAUUUCCUUGCAAAAUAUUUUUCUCGAGAUUUUUUUAUGUUGUUUUCUUAGAAAUUAUCUCAUGUAUGUAUGUGCAGUAUGUGCGGUAUGUAUGUAUGUAUGUAUGUAUGUACAAGGGCUGAACGAUGAAAAAAUGAAAAGAACCAACAUUGCAAUAGUUUUUUCUGUCUGUGGAAUAUAUUGCAAUUCUUUCCCCAAUAAACUACAUUUUAAUGUAUCAGUGAAGUGCAUUUUAUGUACAGUAUUUAGAUUUUAAAUCAGCAAUAAUGUAAUUUUCUACUUUGGGUCUUUAAGUCGUUUUCUAGAGAAAACCCAAAGAACAGCCUCCUGUAAUUGAGCAUCUGCCUGGAGAGUCAUGCUGCUGUAUCUGUGACAGCAUCAGUAUCACAUGUAGCCUGCAUAAAGGAGACACAUAGACUCUGUGUGCACAAUGCUCAGUUCUUUGACUUCAGAAGGUGAUAUCAGGUAGACUUUAAAGUAGAUUAGUCUUGAAAACAAGAAGACUUGCGGUUUUGGUUUACAUCCGAUCACACAGAAAUUGCAACAUUUAGGCCUGUGAUGCAACGAUUCUGCAUGCACACAUCACCAUCACGGUUGUAAAACUAUAAACCGUUCAGCCCUAUGUAUGUACUGUAUGUUUUAUAUAAAAAGGUAGAGCCAAACAUAAUUUCAGACAUGUUUUAAUGUAUUUGCUGUUUACAUGUUUGACCAAAUGGGAUGUCAUUGUGUAAGUGAGUCCCUAACUGAAACUUUGAGUUCAACUUUGUUUAAUUUACUCCUGUCCUAUGCACACAAAUCUCUGUGUAUGUGUGAAGACCAGACUGGACCUGUAAUUACAGCAACAGACAUAAACAUGUAUUUAAAUGCAUUUUUGCACCUGGGUUUUAUGCAAGUACACACUGAAAACCUGUCAUCUCUUCAAAGUAAACUAGACUUUUUUAAUAAUUUAAAACAAAAUAUUCACUGGGUUUAACAAAAAACUUUAAUGGAUUCCCAGCAGACUGACAGGACUUGUGGGGUAGAUGCUGUUUUUUAAAAACACAAAGAGAAACACAAAAUAAUGCCUGCCAUUCACCAUUUGUCCUUUAUCUGGGGCUUAACUAAAACCCCAGACACGGUCUGAGUUUUCUACACUUGAAUAAACAUGGCCAAAUGUUUGAUAUGAAGGUUUUUUUUUUUUGUUUUUUUUUUUUUUUACAAAAUUUUGCUUUGUUGUUAUAAAAAAGUUCAUGUUGUAACAGGGUAGGAGGUUUUUAUGUUUACUCUCUGUCUUUGUCUUUCAGAUUUCAAAGGUUGCUGAUACUGCUCAGUCACAGUAUUAAAGGAGAUUUAGUUUUUCUUUUCCUGUUUCUUUCUUUAUUCCACACAUGUCACACUCUUUGAGACCAGAAUCACAUAUGUUAUGAAGUGCCUGAGUGACAUGUCACUGUGACACUGUAACCAUAGUAACAGGGGGACAGACAGCCCACAAACACUGCUUCUCUAUGAAAGCUUUGUGUGAUGCUCAACACAUUACAUGUUGUUAUAGAUACUGUGUAUUUGUGCUUUCAGAGACAACAUAUUUCAGUACAAGUAAUCAGAAUACUGAGGGAUGAUAUUUAAAUGUUACUUAUUGAACUGCCAAUAAAAUAUUCUUUUUCUGUCAUUUUGUUUGAGCAGAAGAUAACAGCUCAGAUUUUAGGAAAGCAGACACUGUU